CCCCCCCCACUCGCCAUGGCCAAGAUGCGUUUGGGGCGCUCAGCUAUGAGCGCCCCCUCCGAGGACAGCGAGGGCCUCCUGGACGGAGCGGUGGAAGGGGAGCUGAGUCGCCUGCAGAGACAAUGCAAAGUGAUGGAAGGCGAGAGACGGGCUUACAGCAAGGAAGUGCAUCAGCGCAUCAAGAAGCAACUGGAGGAGAUCCGGAGCCUGGAGGAGCGGCGCACGGGCCUGCAAGUGCAGAUCAGCAUCGCGCAGAGUCAGGUGAAGCGGCUGCAGGACAGCCAGCGGCUGGAGCGCAUGAGCCAGCUGCUCAAGUGCCGCGGGCAGGUGCAGGAGGAGGUGGACGAGCUGCAGAAGCAGGCCAAAGCCCUGGACGCGAAGAUCCUGGAGUGGGAGACCCGGCUCUUUGUCAAUCAGAAAGGUGCCAAGGGGCCGGCGUUCUUCGCGGAUCAGAAGUGCAAGGUCCGGAGGCGGAUCAAGAUCCUGGAGGACCAGCUGGACAGGGCCAUCUGCCGCUUUGACAUCCAGCUGGUGAGGAACGCGUCGCUCCGGGAGGAGCUGGAUCUGCUGCGGGUGGAGCGGAGACGCUAUCUGAAUGUGGACCGCAAAUUGCACAAGGAGAUCCAGCUGUUGAGGCAAGCGGUCAACACCCUCAUGGUCUCCUCCACUUCAGCCUACAGUGUCAGAGAGGAAGCCAAGAUCAAGAUAGGGCUGCUCCGGGAGCGGGCCGAGAAGGAGGUGACUCAGAAUGAGACGGAGGCCCAGACCUUGAAGCGCCAGAUUUCGCACCUGGAGCAGCUGCACGCCUUCCUCAAGCUGAAGCACAACGAGCGGCCGCUGGACCCCGCCGUCCUGGAGAAGCAGGCGAGGCAAGCCCAGGAAGUGUCCCUCGGCCUCCGCAAGACCUCCCAGGAGAAGCUGGUGCUGCAAUACGAGGAGGCCCUGAAUAAGCUGUCCCAGCUGACCGGGGAGAGUGACCCGACCACGCUGGUGGAGAAGUAUCAGGAGAUUGAAGAACGGAACUUUGCCGAGUUCAACUUCAUCAACGAGCAGAACUCAGAGCUGGAGCAUCUGCGGGAGGAGAUUAAGGAGAUCCAGGAGUCCAUAGUGAGGGUCCAGGCAGAUGCAGAGGCCCAAAGCUUACAGAGAGAGCAGCAGCGGGCAUCGAUGCAACAGCGUGUGGACGAGGUGCACGAGGAGGCCGUGACCCUUGACAAAGAGUUCCAGGAAUUGCGGGAGCUCUUGGAGAAGCUCAAGGCCGACCUUCAGCUCCUGUUCACCAAGGCCCAGUGUGACAGCUCAGCCAUCAAUGACCUCCUUGGGGUCAAGACUCAGAUGCGGGACCGGGACAUUGGCCUCUACCUGAGUCUCAUUGAGAAGCGGAUGAUCCAGCUGCUGGUGGUGCAAGCUUUCCUCAACUCCAAGCACAGCUACACUUCCACCAGCCUGUAUGAUGCAGCCCUCAUGCUGCUGGGCCAGGGCCCCGAUGAUGUCCGGAGGAAGGUGACCCCACCUCAGGUCCCCGACAAUCUGGAGGAUCCGCUGGGCUUUGAGGGCAAAGAUGACCUCCCCAUGACCAAAGAGGAGCUUCUCAGCCAAGUGGUGAAGUCGGUGAGUCUGGAGUCCCGGGAGCAGGCGCGCGAACAGCACCUCAGGGAGCUGGCCGAGAUGGCACAGAAGACGGAGAGCAACGUGGGCCUCAUCCCUGGCUCCAUCCUGAGUCACAGGACCGAAGGCGGCGGAGGCCGCACCACCGGCCCCACCCACGUCACCUUUGGGGACGUCCCCAGCUCCAGCGUGGGCCACGCCUCCAGCCUCGCCACCUAUGGGGACUCCACUGGCACCAGCCUCGGCCAGGACACGUCCCAGGCCAUCAGCUCCGGGAGCUACCAGGGCUCCACCACGUACGCGGAGUCCAACGAGGGCCAGGGGGACCCCAGCCUGGGCGUGGGGUCCGAGUCCAGCGCAGGUCGCGCCUCCAGCCCGGUUCCCGCUUCGAGCACGGGCGCCGGCUCCAUCACCAGCAGAGACUCUCAGGCCACUUUUUAG